UGCUAUGAGAAUCUGCAAACUCGGUAUUCAUUGUGUUGAAACUGAGAGUGACUGUGGGGGAUACAAUAUUUCACGUAGUUCUACGUUUUCGUAAUUUAAGUUGUAUAGUAUUAUAAAUAUAUUCAAAAGACUUUGUACUGCUAUUACUAAAUAGUUCAAUUCCCUAAUCGAACAAAUGAAAUAUGUCAGGGCAGCCGUCACAGAGAGUUCGACGGAAUGGAUCUCCCUCUCACUCUCACACGAAAACAGGACCCAUUAAAGCUGUUAAAGCGUUUUCGUUCAUCAAGCAUGGGAGCCCAACAAGAAGUCUGAAUUCAGCUUCCCCAACUGCAAAUGUUGGCACACAGAAAACAUGGCCCAGAAAGUCACCAGACAUCAGGGCAUCACCAGAGAGACGAAGCCCCUGUUCACCAAGUUACAAAGAUAAAUCAAAAUCUCGCCAAAGUCCAAUUCACACAUUAAAAAGAACAAAUUCGUUGGACACACUUGGGCCAUAUUUAACAGGACAAUGGCCGAAAGAGUCUUGUAUUAACAUGCUACACCAUUAUCAAACUACUGGUGUAUUUAUGUUAGACAAAUCGACACAGACCCCAGAAGAAUGGGAUUUAACUCCAAGCAUCGACUUACAGAAGAUUAAGGGACACAAAAGAUCUGCUUCGUUUGGCCAAGGUGAUCAAUUAAAGAAAGAGUUUAUAAAACAACAAUUACAACAGCUGCGGAAAAAAGAAAUAAAUAAACACACAGAAUCUGCCAAACAGCACAGACAAAGUCCAGUACAAGGCAACCACUCAGCCCUGUCUCUUACAGCUCCACCAACUGUUUUUGCCCAAUCCAAGGCCAUCCAUAUUCCAGCAUCACACAUUCCGGUAAAAACUCCCAUGUCUCGAUACCAGCGUAAUAGUGUUGAAGGUUUAAACAUAGAAAUAGAAAAAUUGUGGUCCAAAGAAGUACACUUUAUGGGAUGUGAUAUAGAAGAUAUGGAAACAUUUCGUGAAAUUCCUGAUGGCCAUCGAGCUCCUGUUCCUGAAAUUCAAAGAAUCCCUUGUACAACCAGAAGUGUAGAUACACAAACCCCGUCCAGUAACCAUGAUGAUGGUAGAAAUAGUAGUUUGGCUGGUAGAUGUGAAUCAAUCAGUCCAGCCAUAAAUAUUAUACUCGGUCCUAUGGAUUUAUCUCAACCAUCUAGUCGAUCACAGUCUUUAGAUAGUAAAUCAGAAAAGGCAGAGAGUCAAGAAGAAUCUCCUGAACCUGCUGUUUCAACAUUUCCAACCAGUCCAAUGCCUGAAAAAUUCCCAGCCAGUCCUAAGCCAGAUAAUUCAUAUGAUUUUGUUCGUGAGCCACCAGAUGGUUGUGAAAAAAUAAAAGCUAUUGAAGAAUUUCGACAAACACCAGAAAAAGAACCAUCAUUCUUCUGUCCAGUAAAACCUAACCAGUUUGUAUUUAAGCCUAGUAUAGGAUCUGCCUUUUAUCCAGCUUUCAAACCUCUUCUAUCUUCUACUCAGGAAACUCCUCUUCGAAGUUCAGCUCUUGCCACCAAUACAGCUACAAGUAUAGAGAGUUCAUGAUUCUAGUGUGUAUGAGAAUGAAGCUAAGGCAACACAAAUAAAAUAAGUUGUUUCUCGGGCACCACCCGCACGCAAAAUUGUUUGCGCGUGCGGCCUAUUUAUUAGUCUUGAUGAAAAAUAAAAAAUAUGUAACGCCCGCCCGAACAUCGAUAAGCAAGUCAUAAAAAUGAAUAUGCUGCAUGUAUCUACAUGCCCCAUACGUGAAUAUCCAUUCAAAUGUAUUAGUUAUUAGUUGUUAGUUAAAUUUAAAUAGUCAUUCGAUAUAUACCCCAGAUAGAACACCGAAUAUCCUCAGAAACACACCGAAUAACCUGAGAAACAGUCAUUUCCCGAAUCCCGAUGACACGUGACAUGCAUUGGUUGGAAUUAGGUCAAUCAUUAUAAACCAGCGAUACUAGAUUUAGAUCGAAGUGUCGUUUACCGUGAUGAUUAUUUUUGAUACACAUGCUGACAGAGGCUUACUCUUUAAAAUAUUGUCGUUAUUAUGGACAGCUAUUAAUAGUUGUACGGAAUUUUAUUUUAAACCAAUUUCAAUUAUGGUUGUCACCAUUACCAUUAGUAAGCUACAUUACGUGAAUUAAAUAUGGAAAAUUAUUUUCCUUUCAGUCAGUGUUCAGUGUUUGAGUAGACUUGAUUUUUGGGUUAUGUUCUAAGUAUGUAUAAUAUAUAACAGAAAGCAAAACCGUAGACAAGUAAUGACUUUCUCAUUAAAAAAAAAAAAAAAAAUACAAGGCCGCCCUCCCGCCCCAACAAUUUUCAACUAUAGGCAAAUUUGAUUUUUCACCAUCCUCUAGCCAGAAAUGAGGUAAAAAAAAAAUAAACCGCCCCCCCCCCCUACAGUUUCAGCUGUCAGUUGCCCGAGAAACAAGACAUUUAUUUUGUGUAGCCUAACCAUGUCUCAAUCCUAGUAUGUUUUAUCAACUUGUUCCAUCUUUUACUCCGUCAAUUAUUAGUUAAAUCUGAUUAUCUUUAAGUAAAUAACUUUUACAUAUCUUUUAUUAAAUACGUAGCACAGCUAGUUGUGUCUUCCCAACAUUUUGGAUUGAUUCUAUUUUUCCUGAAACCAGACCUUUGAUGAUGGGACAGCUGAUGCUAUUGAGCUGUGGUGAGCGUAAGUCAGUAAUGAACUUUUGCAAACCAGCAUUAUGCCAAGUUGAAGUUAACUAUAAUAGAGCUUUAUGAACUGCUGUAAUACAUAGGUAUCGAAUUCGCAUGGCUAUAAACUCCUUUCAACUGUCUUUUAAUCAGACAUAGGUUAGUCAAGAGGGUAUGAUAUUGAUAUAUAUGAUUUAUUGAACUGUUUUAAACAAUUAUUAGUGCUUUAUAACUUAUUGUUCAGAUUUUAUUAUUAAAAGAAAAAUUGUUUUCAAGCCUAUUCUAGAAGAUUAGAAUGGGUAUUACUAAAGACCAUCAGUAAUAAUUACACAGCACAAACAUUUUAUGCUUUACAGUGUAAAACUUGCCAGCAGUUUUUCAUUCAAGUGAAUCUUCCUAUAAGUAAACAUAUUAAUCCUGCCUCAACUAGAACUUAUAAUUAUUUAAUGUAUUUUCUUCAUAAUUGUUGAUCUGAAGUAUUCUCGUACUAAAUGUUGAGUUAAUUAAACUGUUGGAUUUUAUUAAUAAUUUAUCUUCCAUUAUAUCAAAGAGAAUGCAAUAUCAUUACACAUACUACUAUGUCAUUGAACACAGCCAGUCAAUCAUACAUCCAUCUUGUAUAAAUUCAAUCCUCUUUCUCAACUAUGGUAAUUAUCAAUAUCACUGAAUUAUUUUAAAAAAAAACUCACAACAGUUUGUUUCAAAUUCUUUAUAAAAUAGUCAAUACGUUGAUUUCACAUUUCUCCAUUAUACUGGAAAAUAAAGGUAUUAACAUUUUUUUGUGGGGGGUAUUAUGAAAUAUUGAUCUUUUGACAUAUUCUAGAGCAGGGGUGGACAACUGAUGAGAAAAUAAUUUCAUAUGAAAGAUUUGGCCAAUUUUAGCUUGCACACUUACAAAGGUUACUCAAACUUUCUGAAUUUGACACAAGUGAACAAAACUUCUAUUGAGCAGACACAUCUUUAGAUUUUGGCCAUCAAGUUUGGUAUGAAUAUCUGGAAUUCAGUUGAAACAUGAUCUUCAUUCACUCAUAUUUAAAGCAUUUAUUUGUUCUUCUUACUUUACAUGUUAAUUUAAUAUGUUAGUAUAUAUCCCGGUUCUUUUAUUUUAUGAAAGUAACACAACUGUAUAUUUGAUUAUAAUCAUUCUAUUUGAGAUAACUAGUUAAGUAUUUAUUAGUAAAUUAUAGUAAAUAUCUGUUUAUUUAAAUAAUAUAGUAUAUACUAUAAUUAUGUACUAUAAAGUCAUUGUUAAUAUAAAUGUAAAGCUGAGUAUUAUGAUUCUUUGAUAAUUGAAUAUACAAUAUCCCCAGUAACCAGAUAAAUAUAAUUGUUAUCUUUGAUAACAUAAGUCAACUAUUAGAUAACUUCUUAUAUGUCAUAUGUUUGAAUGCAAAUGUUAUUACAGCUUAUUUACCAAUAUUACAAUUGCGUAUGUUUAUAUGUAAACAAUCAAACUAUUUUAUGUAUUAUGGUAUUGUGACUGGGGGAACAAUGGCAAACUAUUUUACUCAAAAUACAGAUAGAAAAAAGUUCUAUUUAUAUGUCUCCAUAUUGAAUAAAAAUGGCAUAUUUUUAAAAAUUACCUGUUUAGAUAUGUAAAAUAUUCCCAUAUUUUUCUUAGACAUUUAAAAGAUUUAUUCUACUCGAAUUAAGAAUUCUCUGAAUUCAAGGCGCUGUUAUUGAACUUGUUAAACGAAUGUAAGUAGUAUUUGUUUCUUAAAUUUAUAUUUUUGAGAUGGUUAUGUUAAUCCAAUUUCAACUGUUAUUUGUUCUCAUAUGAAAUAGAAAAAAAAAUGGAAUAAAAAAAAAAAAAUCUUUUAAAUAAAAAAAGUAGACAAUCAAAAAUAUUGAUUUUGUUAUACUGCUGUAUGUAUAAAUAUGUUAUAUAGAGUGUAUUACAGAUGUUUUCUUUAUCAAUGUUUAAUAACUUCACAUGAAAUAUAAAUUGAAAAUAUACUAUGAAAAUAUAUUUGACAAACUUGUAGAGUUGAAUAUAUAUUCAUUUAAAAGUCAACAUACAUUUGAAAGUAUUCAAGAGCUUUCUAUAUUUCAAAUGCAUUGAACUGAAUAUUUAAUGAUUAAAAUUAAUAGUUGAUUGUUUCUGUCAAAUAGUUUUUUACUGUACAACUCUUUGAGUAUUAAUCUAAUUAAAUAGUUAUGUUUAUAUUUGAUAUAGAACAAUUAUCGUGUUCUACAUCUGAUAUAUAAUCAAUGUACUAUAGCCCCACCCCCCUUUUCAACUGUGUGAUAACCAAAGCCAAAGCCAAAAACAUUUUGUAACACUUAACAUUUAAUUUGUCAUGUGGCCUUCUAUAUAUUACAUGUAUUUACAAAUGAAACUCUUAUAUAUACUGAGACCCAAUGAAAACAUACCACUUUAUAAAUGGGUGAUUGUAAAUCUUAUUUGAGAGAUACAUGUUUUAUUUUGCAAUUCUUAAUGUAACAAGACCAGAUCGUUUGUGAGAAUGAUGUUUUUACUAUGGCAUAAAAACACCACAGAACAAUUCUCUCAAAUACAAAAAAUUGAAUUUGAGGAAUGUUGAAAAUCCAAUUCUAUUUUGCGAACAUGGAGUAUGGAAUGUUUUUUUUUUUUUUUUUUUUUUUUUUUUAUUUUUUUUUAUAAAGGCUAGGGUCGGCUAGGGUCAGUACAUCUCCUACAAUACUUUGUGAGAAAGAACAAUAUGCUAAGAGGACAUUUGAACUCGGAGACCGUGAUUUGUGUCUAUUCAUUGCAGGAAGCAGCAAUGUUGAAUGGUGUGUGUUUCUACUAGAGGUGGACAAACUUUUUACCCCCAGUGAAAUCAGUGUUGUGUUAUUAUUGUGUCUCAGUAUAUUAUUAUUUGUAUUUUGUUGUAACUAAAAAAAAAUUAAAGGUCUAAAAAGGUAAGAUAUUGUCAGUCAGUCUGGUUUCUGCAUAUUUUUGUAAGAAAUGCAAUGUUUGAACCAUCCGUCAACUCGAAGGAAUAAGCUAGUAAAAAAAAAAUUGUUUUGGAAAACAAUAUGAAGGCAUUUUGUUUGAUUGCCUGUCAACUUAUCUUCUAUAAUACUCAUUGAAUACAAGGUUAUAUUUUACAAAUAUGGGAAUUACAGUCCUUUUGUUUUGUACGGAUGUUAAAAUGAAUUCUUUUAUGUUAAAAAAAUAUUAAUUUCUUAAGAUAAAUUUGCCUUUUCCAAAAAUAUAUUGUUAAAUGAAGUUAAUAAUUAUUGCUUACUUACAUAAAUCAAUUAUAAUUAAUUUUUUUUUCUUUUCAUAAAGAUAUUCACAUUCCUUAAUUUCAUUGAUUUUCGACCAAAGCCAUCUUCAAGUAACACAAACAGUUCAGUAACAUUCAUGUAUAGUAUUCCUAUUUAAACAUAUGAAAUAUAUAUUUUAUUUAUGUAUUAUUAAAAUUGGUGAUUAUUAUUAUUAUAUAUUAUUCAUGUGAGUUAUUUUCAAUUUCAAUUCAUGCCUCAGUGCAAUGGAUUACAGAUAAAUAUUACAUGAUAAAUCUGUUAAAUUCCCCGUGUUUUUUAUAAUCUUAGAACACAUCCAUCCCUAUAAAAUUAAAUUAACCUUUUUAUAAGCCCACAUUUAUGUCAGUGUGGGCUUAUUAUGUCGUCACCCGUUGGUCCAUUAGAGGCUACAGUAUUUGACAAAAAAAUUUCAACUUGGUUUGAAGCAUUGGGGUCAUGAGAGGACAAAUCCUAUCGAUUUUCGUCGUUCAUUGACCUUCACUACCAGAAUUGUGUCCCUUUGCUGAAAACUUUGUGAACAUGAUACAGGCUAUAUAUUUAAACAGAUUAUUUUCAAAUUUGGUGGGAAGCAUUCUGGUCAUGAUAGGACGAACCCUAUCGAUAUUCCAUGACUUUUCGUCCUGGAGUAAUCCUCCUUUGCAGAAAACCUUGUGAACGCUAUAGUCUAGUUUUUAUACGCCCACAUUUUCGUCACCCGGGAUGUCCAUUCACAUUUUGUUUUGGACACUCUACAGGUCACAAUUUUUAUCUGAUUUUGUCCAAACUUAAAAUAUAGGUUUACAUCCCAAAGAUCUCGGUUCCUUUCAAUAUCGGCAUGUAUCAGACCGUAAGUUCAUGAAUCCUGGCCCCUGAUUGUACAAAAAAUCACCUUUUUAUCUUCUCUGUCCAUCUCUUGCAAAGUGUGGGCGUAUCUUGCAUGGCAACCGCUUGUUUACAGAUUCUUUUUAAAAUUAGUGUGGGGGGUUCGGUGAAUGGUCUAAUGCAGGGAUUGAGUCAAGUAGCGUGAUUUUGAUUCCCAGCUUGUACGAGAUGAGGAGUAGGGUCGUCUAACUGCGUGGGUAUUCCAUGGGACCUCUGGUUUCUCCCACUACUAUAGACCCCUAAAUGCAAACGAAUUAUUGAAAUCAAAUUGAACCAUAUUUUAGUCCAAAAAUGCUGAAACGCUUGUGAAUGUAGAGGCUUUAGUUUUUAACCGAUUCUUUUCAAAUUUGAUGUAUUGAAAUUAAGCAUUCCUCGAUCUUCUGUACCAGAGUCAUUCCCUCUUUGCUAUAAACCUUGUGAACUGUUUCCUUUCAAAUUUGGUGGUCAGGAUUUGUCGAUUUUCAGCGUUCUUCUAAAUUCUGUUACACCACCGCCCCCCCCCCCAUACACACACACACAAACCCCUGCUGAGAAACUUGUGAAUGCAAUAGAGGUUAUAGUUUUCAAAAUAUUCUUUUCAAAUUUGGUGUGAAGCAUUGUGGCCAUAAUAGGACGAACCCAUCGAUACUCGGCCCCCUUUUGCUGAAAGCUUUGUUAACACGACAUUGAUGCUGUGUAGGCGUAUUGUCAUGCUUUAACUGGCUAUCUUUUCAUGGAAAAUGCCCUGUUUAAUUAUUAUUUCAAAAGGGGUUUAUUGAUAUGAUAAGUAAUACAUGAUCUUCAUAAAGCUGAAACUUAUUGUAAUAUUUGGAUAAGAUUAGCCUACUAAUUGUAAGUGAAGAUUGUAAAUGAAUGAAUAAAAUACAACUCAGAGUAGAACUUAAUAUAAUCUUAUGCUAUGAAUGUUUUAAUGACAAUAAAGUCUUAAAAUUUA